AUGUUAGAAAAAAAGUUUGCUGACAUUGACAAGAAAUUUGAGAAUGUUUUAAACAAGAACAAGAGGAAGUUGGAAAAUGCUCAGAUAAAACCCAUACAUGACAAGUUCUUAUUUGCUCAGAAUGGUAUAACAGGUCUAAUUGCACCACCUGGGUCGGGUAAGACUUUCACUUAUCUUAAAAUGGCUGCACAACAACAAGAACUAGAUGAGAAGAACCCAUUCUAUGAGUUAGUAGUCAUUUGUAGUACUUCUGGUCAAUUUGACCAAACCGUCAAUUCGUUCAAAGAUAUUAUAAAAAAGUCUAAGUUAGUAUGUAUAAAAGACUCUGAGUUGUUAGAUUGGAUAAAGAAGUACCAAAGAAGAGUUUUGAAGUACAAUGCUAUAAAUGAGUAUGUCAAUUCUAAGUUUAAAGACCCAAAUGAGGAAAUGCAGAGAAUAUUAGAGAAGAAACACUUCAGAAACAAACAGAAAGAGAUAGAAUACAUUUCGAAGAAAUUGCAAUCUUACGAUUGGAAGACUUACCCUCACAGAUGUCUUCUUAUCUUAGAUGACUUUGCUUCUCAUCCUUUGUUAAAGAAUAGAGAACAAGACAU